AUGCUGGAUGACUCGGGAACAACCGCUCCUGGUCAUCAUCCGUCGCCUACAGUUUUACUCUUACCCCUCGAGCAACGAUCAUCCCGUUCGAGCCGAACUUUAACGAUCCACCCACCUACUCAAAAGGGUAAAGAUAUUGUAUUGGGCUUCAAGUCCGGUUGCACACGGAGUUUUCUUGCGGUUGGUCAAGAUUCUCCAAGUGCUACUACUUUUUUCUUUUCUGUUCGCUUCGAGUCGGAUCACUGGCGUAUUACCUAUCUAUGCAUUCAGUCAUCCAUGAUGGUGGUGGUCGGUGCUUCUGGGAAUCGAACCAGUGACGGUAAUGGAGCUGGCAGAUAG